UUCAGCACAGACUCACGCUUCCGCAGCGCCCGGCCCAGCCAAGAAAACGCCCCGCCAUGGAGCAGCUGAGCGCAGCCAACUCCGCCUUCGCCUUGGACAUGUUCCACACCUUGAGUGAAGACAGCCCCUCUGGGAACCUCUUCUUCGCCCCCCUGAGCAUCUCCUCGGCGCUGGCCAUGAUCUCCCUGGGGACCAGAGGCAACACCCAAGCCCAGGUGUCCAAGACCCUUCAUUUUGACACGGUUGAGGAAGUUCACUUCAGAUUUCAGAGUCUGCUCGCCGCGAUCAGCAAGCGAGAUGCUGGCCAUGUCCUGAAACUGGCUAACAGGUUAUAUGGAGAGAAAACCUAUAGCUUCCUCCCGGAGUUCUUAGCGUCCACCCAGAAAAUGUACGGCGCCGAGCUGGCCACCGUGGAUUUCCAGGGCGCCUCUGAAGAGGCCAGGCAGGUGAUCAACGAGUGGGUCAAAGGGCAAACAGCAGGGAAGAUUCCGGAACUGCUGGCCGCAGGUGUGGUGGACAACCUGACUAGGCUGGUGCUGGUGAACGCCAUCUACUUCAAAGGCACCUGGCAGGACGAAUUCAAAAAGGAGGAAACCGAGGAUGCCCCGUUCAGGCUGAAUAAGAGAGACACAAAGACAGUGAAAAUGAUGUACCAGAAGAACAACCUUCCAAUUGGCCACAUCCAGGAGCUGAAGUGCCACGUGCUGGAGCUGCCUUACAAGGGCGGCGAGCUCAGCAUGGUCAUCCUGCUGCCCGAUGACAUAGAGGACGAGUCCACAGGGCUGGAGAAGCUUGAGCAACACUUGACUUUGGAAAAGCUGCGUGAGUGGACCAAGCCUGAGAACAUGGGUUACACAGAGGUGCGUGUCCGCCUACCCAAAUUCAAGCUGGAAGAGAGCUACAGCCUCCAGCCCCUCCUGGCACGCCUGGGUGUGGAAGAUCUCUUUACGCCUAGCAAGGCUGAUCUGUCGGGCAUGACAGAAGCCAGUGGCCUUUCUGUGUCAGGAAUUAUCCACAAGGCCUUUGUGGAAAUGAGUGAGGAGGGCACGGAGGCCGCGGCCGCCACCGCUGCCCGCAUGACUUACUGCUCCGGGAGGCCAAAGCCACAGUUCUUUGCCGACCACCCCUUCAUCUUCAUGAUCCGCCACAACCCCUCUGGCAGUAUCCUGUUCCUGGGCCGGGUGUCCUCCCCUUAGGCAGGCAGACGCCAUGUACGGUCAAGCUUGGAGUUUUGUCAUCUGACUUAGAACGCAGACGCAACUUCACCAAUAAAGCUAUGCACGGUCCA